UUCACCGCAGGCAGUUUUUACCCAGAUUAUUCGUCUUUUCCAACGAUUCUUUGGACACGAGAAAAUGUAUCGGUCCACUAAAGGAGCAUCAAAGGCUCGGAGGGAUCAAAUCAACGCAGAAAUUCGCAACCUGAAAGAUCUUCUGCCCAUCUCCGAUGCCGACAAAGCUCGUCUUUCCUAUCUUCACAUCAUGUCCCUAGCCUGCAUUUACACAAGAAAGUCCGUCUUUUUCUCUCAAGUGUCAGCAGGUCAUGACGUGAGCGGGAGCAUCCUGUCUUUGCCAGAACUCUCGGAUCUGCUACACACACUACCAGGGUUUCUCCUAGUGCUGACGAGUGAAGGAAAACUCCUGCAUCUAUCGGACAAUGUCGCAGAGCACCUUGGCCAUUCCAUGGUGGAUCUAGUGGCUCAAAGUGACAGCGUGUAUGAUAUUAUAGACCCAGCCGACCACUUCAUCAUGAGGGGUAACCUUGUGCCAAUCACCACUCCUGACACAGACCGUCUCUUUCGCUGCCGCUUCAGCACUUCGAAGUUUGUACGGCGGCAGGGAUCAGGGAACAAACUGAUGUUGGUUCGGGCACGCUGUCUGCCACCUCCAUACCACGCAUCCGUCUACUGGACCUCCAAUUCAGUGUGGGUGUGUUUUUGCUCCCCACUGGAGUCCAACGUCCCCCAGGUUUCCUCAGCUAGGAAUCCUCUCCCCACCCCUCCUGCGGAGCAGUCUUUCCUCCUGGCCUGUUUCCAGUCUCAACAUAGCCGGGACAUGAGAAUCCAUGCUGCUCAGGACAGUGUAUCUGUAUACCUUGGCUAUGACAUAGAGACUCUGCGCUCUUGCUCAUGGUACAGUCUGAUUCAUCCUCGUGAUCUGUCUCACGCCUCUGCACAACACUGCGCCCUGUUACAUGAAGGUGGAGAGAGGCAGGUGGAGAUGGUGGUCCAGGUUGAGGCAGCAGAUCACUCCUGGGUCUGGCUUUACAUUGUUCUUCAGUUGGAGACUGGAGAAUAUCCCAUCAACAGCCACAACUACGUCAUAAGUGAGUCUGAAGCCUGGUCGGUGCGUCAGCAGUUGUAUUCAGAGCAGAACCAGCUGGCUCUCCUGUACCAGGAGGCACGCCAGAGCUCUGACCCCCUGUCCAGCCCAGACCAGGUCUUCACACCCAGCAGCAGUGGCCUGUCCUCCCAGUCCUUCGACUUCAGCUUCACCACUUCUGGCCGGAGCUCCUCGGAAGAGCUCCCUAGUAGCUCUGGCCCAACCAGCAUGGCACUCGACCCCCUUCAGGGCUUUUCUCAGGAUGAAGAGAGCCAUCCACAACCACAACUGCAUGGCAGUCACCAGAUGUGGAGAUCAGCCAUGACCGUUUCUGCUGAACAUCUGAGCAGCAUUAAUGUCCCAAGUCUUUCUACAGUUCCGCAAACCCAUAUUGCCCCUCCGCCCCUUCCACCAUACAAAGCUCCUCCUAAGCGCCAAAACUCAGAGGAGUUUAUUUGCACACCUCCUUACACCCCAAGACUCGGAGGGGGGAGUUUUAUGUUUGGUGAUGAAACCUUCAAAUCAGACCAAAGCAAUGUAGUCAAAAUGAGGCAGUCUAUAACCUCAGCACCCCUUUCCGCAAGCAUCUGCCCCACUCAACACUGCCGCAAACGUCUAUAUGAAACACUACCACCUACUCCAGACAGCCCCGGCAGUGAUGAAUGCAUUCUCAUGGCGCUGCCGGAGAUCAGAGGACCUCUGUACAUAGACGUCCCUCAUUUCCCAUUCCACAGUCCACCCGAAGGCCUUUUAACCCCCGAGGCCUCGCCCACCAAAAAGCCCUGUUUGAGUUUCUUCCCUCGUGAAGACGAUACCGAAAGAGAGCAAAGGGAGAUCUCACUCCUGGCUCAGUAUAUUAGCACUUUAGCUGAAGGUUUCUGUCACAGCCACCCACAAAACACAUUGGCUCCCCCUCAUCACGCAUCAUUUGAAGGCCCAAACUCCUCACUGGCUCACAUUGAUGUCUUUAUGUUUGAGGAGAAAGCAGUCGAUGGCAUCCCUCUUCCAAAUCUGCCAUCCACCUCCGCCACACCUCCCUCGCCUUACUCAUCAGAGCCGUCCUAUCCCCAGCACUCCCCGAGCCGCAGCUCCUCUGUCCACACGCAGGAGGAGGCGAGGACUCUGUAUGGUGUACACCACCUCUGUAGCGUCCAGUCGGCGCACCGUAAUCGUAUGGCCGGGGGUGGGCCGCAGGAAGCCGAGAGACCCGACGAGGAUGUGGAGAUGAUGUCCUCCCCAGGGUCCACCGCAGCUCCAGCACUUCCUGCCCUCACUCCUGCUCUGCCUUGUUCCCAGUCCCUCCUAGAGGAGCUGGUCACUAUGGAACCUGUGUUUGGGGCAGCCGCCCUGAUAACUCCUGCCGAGAGGCAACAAGAUGAGUUGUAUCAACUCCCUCAUCAAGGCGGACAACAGAUCUUCUACCAAGAUGGAACCAGUGAUCACAUGUUUUAACAUAAGUCUGUGACUUAAUCAAUGAAGUAUGGCAUAUUGUCAUCUUUUACUAAGCUAUAUUUCUGGGAUAAUGUGGUAGAGUCAAAU